AUGGCGCUUACAGCGUGGAGGUUUCUUGCUGGGCUGAGCUUGGUAACAGCUCAGAAUGUCAUCAUUCAGAGCGUUCCGCGGACAGUGCACACAAGAGUUGGCAUCAUGAACGACUCGCCAACUGCAGGGCCGUGGGUGGUCUACGAGUUGAGAUUGUAUUAUUCAGCAAACUGUGAUGAGGAAAGCAGGAUAGUUCCGUUUUUUGCGGAUGUUUACCACUCUGGCACACACCGUGAGACGGAAUUCUCAACAAUAGGUUCCAACGCUUUUGAUGGAGCUCCCUGGACGAACUGGACUUCAGAUUGUCGUGUGAAUUUGGGCGGGUGCGAAGCCCGAACGGUCGGCCUGGGUGUUGAUAUUGCUUCGUCCAGUGGCUAUGAGGCGGCUGCACUGAGAAAGGAUGAUUUAUGGAAUGUCACAGGGCCUUUAUUUGAUGCAAUCACAGUGAAAUGUUUCAUGAUAUGGCAGAGCAAUGACCCGAGGUAUAAGUGCAAUGAUGUUGCCAUUGUCAGAGGAUACCCAGAUCGUAAUUCUCAUACUUACGAAAGUGUCCAGGUGUUCCAUGGUGUGAGUGGUGGGGGUUGGUCAAGACGCCCAGCAAAUUUGAACACCUUAUGGCGCAUGAAGAAUCUGGAAGUGACCAUGGGCACCUGGAGCUUAGCCGAGCUUCGUUUCUAUGAGGAUGAUUUGUGUACGUUCCCACUGGAAGGGCAAGCAUUUUCCAUAGGGAGUGAUGUUCCCCUGACUGAGAGCGAUGUUAAUGCCUUUGACAACAACAUCUCCAGUGUCUGGACCGCCAAAUGCGAUCCCGUACCUGGAUCCAGAGCAGCUGAGAUUUGGGGCGAUGGCUUCCGGUUUCACGGUUGCGAGCCUGAGCAGGCGUACAUAGGUUUGGAAUACCAAGAGUAUGUCACAGUAAGAUGUGUCCGCUUCUUCCAGAAAGCUCCCCGUGACAUCUCAGAGCGCGAACAGAGGCGAUCCUGGUCCGGAGGCUUUGCAUUGCAGAGAUGGUCUGGAGAAGAAUGGGUCAUCACAGAGCAAUUCUGGGAUCCUAACUACACUUCCUACAAUGGCUUCUCGCCCACGAUUGAGUCACCGUUCUUGGGGAACGCUCCCGGAGUCUGGGAAGAUUUGCGGCCUCCCACAUACUCAUGCUGGCGUUUAAUGAAUGAUGACUACACCCGUGGUCAAUGGACAAUUUUGGAGCUGGAGUUCUCGGUCUCUCAGUAUUGUGAGGAUUUGCCGGAUGAGAAGCUUAGAGGCUUCCCACUUGCAAUGCAAGGUCCGCGAAAUCUAGAGAACCGAAUGGUCUUUGAUGGAGACCUUCGACAGGACUUGGUGUGGCGCUCAAGUUGUACGAUGGGUCCUGGUGGAGACUCUUGCAUUCCUGGUGAAGCAUGGAUCGGAAUCUAUGUGCGUGGUUCACAACCAGAUGUCAAAUGCUUCCGCAUUCUGCAGUCCAAAGAGCUCGAGGAGCAAUCGGCAUUCGUUACCAUGGGCAUGUAUGUUAUGGGAAACUGGCAACUGCACAGCUACCACAGGGAGAUUGGGGGUGGAACAUGGAAUCGUCGGCCGGCACCGGCGUGGACACUCUGGCGCGUCCGGAACAAUGAAGUUAUCGAUGGUCAGUGGAGAAUUCCUGAAAUCCACGCUUACCGUGAUCCUUUGUGUCUCGUGGACAUGACGCCAGGCAAUCCUCUUGCUUCUGGGUACUUCACUACGGAAAGCCCUGCACAAGCGAUGGACAACGAUGCCAAGACUCAUUGGACUGCCUGUGGCAACUGCAACGAGACGCGUAAGUACUGGAUCGGGAUGGAACUUCCUGCAAACGCUGAUGACGCGUCGGCAGAGCAAUUUUUCAUCCGCUGCUUCAAAGUCUGGCAAAGUGAGCAGAUGAACGAACAAAUGGUCAGUGUUCAGGUCCAGAUCUGGAAUGGAGACAUUUACAUCAUGUCGCCAAUCACGAAAACUGGUUCGCUGCAUGAGUUGGGUGGUGGCGUGUGGAGUAGACCAGCAGCGAGCUUCAUGACAAGAUGGCGCCUAGUCCCAACUGCUGAAGAGGCUCGAAAUUGGCGCUUGCUCGAGCUCGAGCUCUAUGCCGAUACUGAGUGCAAACAGCGAUUGCCAAGGGCGGACCGUGGUGGUGGUGGCACAACUGUUUUAGCUUCAAGCUACAUUCCAUUUGUCACUGGCUUUCGACGCUCAGAGCAGGCAAAGUUGUGGUCAGAGGCUGAAUUGGUCACAGACGGCGACCCCGAGACCGGGCUGUUGUUAGAACAUGUGCCUGGUAUGUCUCGCAAAGCUUACUUUGGCAUAGACUUCUUGUCUGGCUCCGUGUGGGUCAGAUGUGUGAAGUUGAUGCAAGGUUCCAUGCCGUUGGAGUAUGUGUCCUCAAUGACCUUGCAACUAUGGGAUGGCUUGCAAUGGAGACACGAAGAUCCCGAGAUGUCUGAGUUCGAGGUUCAUCUCAAUGGUCUUGGUGGAGGCGGCUGGCAGCGCAGGCCUGCGCAGCCUGGGUCCAUGUGGCGCGUAGAGAACGCCGAUUUUGUCCCGCAAGGCUGGGCAAUCUACGAGGUGGAGUUCUACCAGGGUGCAGAUUGUACUGCAGGCAAGUUGGCCGGGGAUGUCAUUGCCAGUGGCUAUGCGCCGCCUUUGAACGAGCGGGGCCCAGGAUUUGCGGUGGACGGAAAUACCUCAACAGUAUGGAUGUCGCAGUGCUGUCCGGUUGAGAACUCUGAGCGUCCUUUGGGCUUUGAGCAGGUGGUGCCAGCUGUAGGAUGUGAAGCUGGUCAUGCAUGGGUUGGCCUAGAUCUUGGAGCAAGCAGGUCCGCACAGAAUGUUCGCUGCCUUCGUAUAUUCCAAGCUGGCUUUGAGCUCAUGCAGAGCUCGUCAGUUUACGUCUCCAGUUGGGAUGGUUCCCAGUGGGUCCAGUCUUGGCGCAUGGAUGGCUUGGGCGGGAGUGCCUGGAAUCGCCGGCCAGCCGCAGGGAACACCAUGUGGCGCCUCCUGUACAUGUCCCGAAAGGAUGUGCCUUGCCCGGCACAAUUAUCCCGCAUCGUGGAGCGGCCAUGGGGCGUGGCAGACUUGAGGUUCUUCAGUGACGAUGCCUGUGAAGUACCAGUGACAGGAGGAGCUCCGAUCACUUCAGGUGGCUUUGACAACUACCUGCCAUCAGCUGUAGAUCAGAAGUCAUAUGACACAAGUCGAAUGAUGGAUGACGACAAGCUUACAACUUGGGCGGCCAACUGCAGAACAGGGUUUCAUUACGUGGACACCGACCUUACAAACUGCACACACGCGUGGGUUGGAAUGCAGUGGGCUGGCGCGCAUGAAAUCAGAUGUGUUUCAUUGGUGCAAUCACGGUGGGAGUCCGCAAGGUGUUGUGAUGCGGCAGAUGAACUGACCCUGCAGCGAUGGAACGGCUCUGAGUGGGUUGAAGCCUCCUGGUUCCGUGAUCCACCCAGACCAGCAGUCCAAACGGAAACAAAUGUCAGGGAACCUGCUCAUUUGGGAGCAGAAUUCCGGAACGUUGGUGAGUGCCCUUCAAGGGUGAGUGAGAAGCGCAUGUUUGAAGAAACAAUCACAGAAACUCGCACUCGCAAGGACAGCGAGAAGUGUAUUGUAAAAUUGACUGGAGCAGUGACUCUGUUGGCAGAGCCCUAUUGUAUCAAGCACCCACAGUGUGUAGAUGUUUUUGGAGCUGCAGGAAGUUGCUGCCCUAUAGGUGACCUCAUUGAAAGCGAAAGUCGCUGUUGCUGCAGCUUUCUGAGUUCGGAGCCAAUCUUUGCUGAUGAAAUAGAUUACAGUGACCCACGGGAGAAGUUGAGCUUUGAAUAUGCCACAAUUUGGAUGUCCAACAUUCUGCCGUGGAUUGGGCUGGCUUGCACCAUCGCUCUGUACCUCGCUGCCAUCCUCUUCCCUGCUGACAUGGAGGAUCGUGCCAGAAAUUGGGUGAAGAAGGACAUAGGAUCAACCUCGAGGAAGGUCCGCAGGCAGCUGUUUUGGAAGAGAGUUGUAGUGGUUGCUUUCUGGCCUUUGCUAGCCUGGCGGACUUUCCUGGCAAGCGGCAAGACUCAAACCAGCAAAAUUGUUCGGUGGUUCAUUUUGCCUGACGGGCGACUCCCAAAGCCGCUGGAGCUGUAUCGAUCACUUAUCUUUCUGGUUUUUGGCUCCUUGCUGAGUGGUAUGGCACCUUGGCUUCUGCUUGGAGCGAUCUUCGGCGAAAUGAUGAUCUGGCUUGCGCUCCAGCUAUGUCAGGUUAUUCGGUACUUUCAAUCGCCGUUUGACCCUCUCGAUCUCAGAGACAUGCAGCUGCGCCAGGAGGUGUCCAAGGUCAUGGUCAGAAAUGAUGAGGCGAUGGACACUGCAUAUGACAUUGCCGCGGGGGUUGCAACAACCUGCGUGUUUGGCCUUGCCUACUUUGGUAAGUUCAUCUUUGAUCUUUUGAUCGUUCGUGCGCAGAUGUUGUCCUUUGAAGCCAUUGAGAACAUCGAGGCUGAUCGUGUCGUAGAAUUGUUCCCAGGCUUGUUAGAGACUCUGCGAGAGCCAGCGAUGCUGAUCUAUGACAUCCUAUUCUGGGCCAGCCAGCUGAUUUCCCUGCUCCUGGGGAAUCUGGUUGGGAUUCCCCUAUGUGAGGGUUCCACCGCGCUGGUGGGUUCUGUAGCACUUGUUAUGAUCUUGUACGGGGCAUCUCAAUGGCUGAACUAUGACCUCUUCGGGCUCUUCGUUGCUGCUCGGCAGGUAGUGAAGGCGACUCGCCCAGAGUGCCAACGGAUCAUGGCCCAAUCACUUAUCUUGCUCUGCCUCGGGGCAUCCUUUGCAGCUGUGCAGAUGACCAUGGUUCUGUUUACUCGUGCCCUUGCUUUUGCAAACCCUUUUGUGGCUUCCACUUGGGUUUGCGGAUAUGACGACACUUUAGCCAUUUUCGUGGGCCGCAUCCUGCUCUCGGGGUCUUCCAUUGUGGGCUUGAUCUUUGUGUUCCUCUGUGUGAAUGGGCAUUUCGUUGGCCAGGACUACAUCACAGAGAGGGUGGCGCAGUUUCUGGGGAUAGACUUGGCUGCUCUAGAUCCAGAUGGAACAGGAGAUGAAGGUGGCAUGUUCCGUUUCGACGUUUUUGGUGCUGCUUUGCCUACCUUGUUUGGGAUUUGGUGGGAUCCCUGGAACAUUGAUGCCUACUUGGUACGUGAGCGUGCGCAUGUCUACUCCAUGGAGCUUCGUGAUCCGCAGGCAUGCAAGCAUUGUGAGAAAAUCCAUGUGAAGUACGAGCUCAUGAUGACUGCAACUGGGAGAACAGUCAGUGCUGCUGUGCAGAUCGUCCCGUAUGGAGCAGUUGUAGCAAAAGCGUGUGAAUAUUUAAAUGACCCGCCGCUGAUCUACAUCGGUAACAAGAUGUCUUGUUUGAAAGUCCGGAAGGUCGAGCGAUAUGCGACUCGUGGCUCCAAGAACUUGAUCAUAAAGAGUUACCUCUUCCUGGCUGAGCUGCUUGCAUAUUCAAUUGAAUUUCUUGUUCCGCUGCUGAGGCGUGUGACCAGCGUUGCCACAUUAGUGUACCUCAUGCUGGGGACCUUCACACUGACUGAGCAGAACCUGGUAGACCAGGGUACGAUGGUCAUUCUGGCAGGCUUCGCAUUGUCCUUCGUGAAGGCAUCGCUGGAAAAGCUUGUGCCAUCUCUCCUGAGCUACGGUCUCGGUGGUGUCUACUACGCUCUCAGCCGAGCUGAGGGAGUUGUGUCUCGGGCUCAUGAAGUACCGAGAACCAUUACAGGUCAGAUGCUUUCAGGAGCUGCAGCAGCCACGUUGGUUUCUGGAAGCAUUCUAGCAGCUGAAUGGGGAUCAGCCGUGUAUGCGGUGAUUAUGGGCUCCUGCGUUGGCUAUGCCUUCAGUCUUAUGACGCUUCUGGUCAACGUAUUGUUUGAGCAGCCGUCUCCUGACAUUGAUGACCCGCCAACCCAAAGCAUGUUUCAGUUGCUCAUGAAGCUGCUUUACUCCUUGGUUUCGGGCGGUGCGCUCGGAGUUGUUACAAUCUAUGCAGGCGAGGCAGGCUUGGCUGCAGAAGGCAAUGUCGGUGACGCUUACGAAUUUCAGAACACACUAGGAAGUCGGUGGACUUUUCGGGGCAGUAUUGGGCUCGGAGUUUUUGCUAUUGCGAUUCAGUUCAUCACGUUCCGACUGAUUCUCGUUGAGAACCUGCCUCCAGUCAUCAAACAGAGCGUUGAUCCACCAUACGUUUGGAGAGACUCACCGACAUGGGUCGUGUUAAGAACUGUUCAGUUCUUUCCCGGCCUGGCAGGUAUUCCAACUUGUACUCUGGUGUCAGUUGUCAUGCGGGACUUCGUUCGAUCUGGCCUUCCUUUCUUGACUCCCAUAGAGCAGCAGUUCGUAAUGGUUGGAGCUGGGAUUGCCUUGGCAAAUCUCUCUGCUUUGACGGUGCACAGAUUACUCGGCAGCCUUCCUCAGCUUCUUGGUUUCUUUUCUUGUAUUUUGGCCGCUUGCCUGCUCUGCCCGUGGAACAUGCUAUUUGGAGCCUUCACUGCAGUCUGGAUAGGUGUUGCCGUCGGCAGCAUUCUUGAGGAGGUGGUUCUGCGCCGGACCCUGCAACGAGAGAUCAAAAGGCGAGAGGCCAUGGGCGAAGAUGACACCAUGUUCUUCGAUCAGGAGCGUGCGGCCUGCAUGGAAGAAUGGGAGAAAGUUGAAGAAGAGGAGCUGCCAGCAUUGCCUCCUGAACCAGACCGAGAGGACAAGUUGAACAUGUACCUUCAAGUUGCUGCAGCAGGAGGCAGUGCCAUUGAGUAUGCAAAGGAGGUCCAGGCCGCCCAGGAGUUCCAAGAAGGCCUUGAGGAUGCUCCUUACAAUGAUGAGAUAGUGGAGGACGGCUCAGAGAUCCAUGACAACAGUCUCCUGCGGAUAGAGGAGCGGUCAAUUUCAGGUGUGGAGGCACAAGAGGAAUCGCUACCAGUAUGGGAUGCAACAACGACCCCGAGUCUGGUACAGGAUGAGGAAUCCAUUCAGCAGGCAUUCCUUGAACCAGGGAAGCGGGAUGUGGAGGCAGACCCCAUCGACAUGCCGGCUCUCCGCAAUGUUGCAGAUGAUGCACCUACUGUCCCUGAAAUAGACAUGGAUGCAGGGCCUCAUCCAGAUCAUUUUGAGGGAAGCCCCUCAGUGGAGAUGCCAGGUCCGUGGCAGCCAGGGGCGGAGGAGCUACCCCAAGGUGACUUCGAUCAGAUGGCCUCUAGCUCCAGUGGGCCAGCAGAGCUUGAGGAUCAACCUUCAGAGCUGCCUCAUUUGGCAUUGUCCAGGCUGCCAAGUUACGGAAUGGCAAGCUCGCGGCAAGCCUCCAGUCGAGCACGUGCUGAGGUGCUUGAGGACGGCUUCGACUUCAGCAGAGAGAUGGUUGACACUGAUGAUUUGCUGACAGAAAGUAAACGCCCUUCAAAAGCAACUUCCAUGCGCUCCGUCGCAACAACCUCAACCGCAAUGCCGCCGGUCCAAGCCAAGAGUGCGGCUCCAAUGUCUCCUACAGGCAUGGACAUCAAUCCAGGACUCAGAAGCAUGCGUCCGCCCCCACAAGACUUGUGGUCCAGAACCCAUGGCCCACGACAACCUCCAACUUCGCCGACAUUGAGAGGCAUGGCACAGCAAGCCCAGUCCGCCUACCAGGCAAAGGCUGCCAUGGCGCGCAGGUCUCGCAAGUGA